AUGCCAAAGACCAAGAAGAAAACCAAACCAAUCACUCAACGACACGACGCCUCCAUUACACACCGAUUCAAACAGUCGUCUAGUGAAACAGCUAAGCUGAUUCGGCAAUACCAUACUCUCAACAAGGAGCUAGCCAAAUGUCGAGCUACUGGCAAUGUCGUCCGAGAAAAGGAAAUCGUAGCUGAAAUGGAAUCCAUGGGAGGUCUCGAUUGGUAUCAGCGAGCAUCACAAUUGGGGCAAAGCAAGCAGCGAGGAGGUGACUCUUCAAAGUGGCUCGUUCAAGUAUUGAAACGGCAUCAUCUUCAACGGCCUUCGAUGCGAGUAUUGGAUGUGGGAGCGUUAUCACCAGACAAUUACCGACCUUAUCAGUCAUGGAUAGAAGCAACACCCAUUGAUCUCAACCCACAAGAUCCUCGUAUCACGAAGCAAGACUUUUUAAAGAUGGCGCCUCGGCGCGAGUUUGAUAUUGUGUCCUUGAGUUUGGUUGUUAAUUUCGUUGGAGACCCAAAAGAUCGAGGACAAAUGUUGAUCCAUAGCCGCGACUUUUUACUUGACAACGGUCUCUUGUUUCUUGUACUUCCUCUUCCAUGCAUUACCAACUCUCGCUACAUGUCUCACGAUCACCUCCUGCAGAUGAUGAACGACAUUGGCUAUACAACUUGCAUCCAGCAUCAUUUCUCAAAUAAGCUCGCAUAUUACUUGUUCCAACUCGACAAUAACACAAAGACCUAUCCUGCAUUCAAAAGAAAAGUCCUCUCGGAUGGUGGAGGAAAGAAUAACUUUUCAAUCGUUAUCCAACCACAGCGGUAG